AUGACGAAAAUAUAUUCAUUCUCUGAUUUAAGGUUUAUAUCACGUAAAACAUUGAAAAAUUGGAUCCAAAAUGGUUUAUCUCCAAGUGGUAAAUUUUUAGUCAUCGAUGUUAGAGAUUCUGAUUAUAUUGGUGGUCAUAUUAAAAAUUCGAUUAAUUUACCAUCAAAUACAUUUUAUGAUUUUUUACCAAAUUUAUAUAAAAAAUUAUAUGAUGAUAAUAUAAAAGUUGUUGUGUUUCAUUGUAUGUUAUCUCAAUCUAGAGGCCCAUCUGCAACUUUAAAAUUUUUAAGAGGUAUUGAAGAAAUAAAUCAAUUGGAAAUUAAAGAGCACGCGAAUAAUAUUGAUGUUUUCGUGCUAAAAGGUGGUUUUAGUAAAUGGCAACAAGAUUAUGGUCUAGAUAAAAGUUUAACAGAUAAUUAUAAUGAAGAAAUUUGGAAAUUUGGUAUGGAAUAA